AUGCUGGCCAUCAUUAUCAUGCUGCAACAGGAGGUGAUGGUCAUGGAUGAAUGGCACAUCAGUGGGCCUCAGGAUCUUGUCACGAAACUUGUCAAAGAAUCCUCUCACCACUCUGUCAUGGCAGCUCUUCCAGCACCUCCAACUCUCCGAGCUCUGCGCUCUGAUUGGCUCUGUGUUGUUUUCUCAGAUGAGGAGCAGGAGGAUGGUGAGAAAGCCGGGCCUUCUCAGACAGAACCCUGCUGCGGCGAUACAUCUGCAGACAGCCAAUCAGGGGGCAACGCUGUAGCAGAGCCCCACCCCAAUCUCAACCACACACAUCUGACACUGGACCACGGCGACCCGGAGACCGAGAACGGGUCCCAGAACCAGACCGAGUCCCUCUGCAGCACCAACGCUGAAACCUCCAACAGCACUGAUAAUCCCCGUAAAGACACCGGCGCACAACCACCAGCAGAGCGACCGCAGCAGCACUGCAAGACCACAGAAGAAGAAAAAGAAGAAGACAAGCAGGAGGAGGCGUGUUCCCCGAAUCUGCCAGCCAAUGAGCAGCCGGCGAAGAGGAGGGCACGUCGAAAGAGGAGGAAGAGUCUGUUCACCAUCCAGGCGGUCAACUCCAACGGGACGACUGAGAGAGGGACGGGAGAGGGAGGGAGCGCCGUGUCCUUCAGCUCUCAGCCUUACGUGGCCAUCGACUGGGACCCUGAAAUGAAGAAGAGAUUCUACAAUGAAAAUGAGGCCGAGAAGUACAUGAAACAUGCCAGCAUGGAGGUUCCUCAGCAGCAGACCACGGUUCAGCUGCAGGAGUGCAUCGAGCUGUUCACCACCGUGGAAACACUGGAGGAGGAGAACCCAUGGUACUGUCCGGUGUGUAAAAAGCACCAGCUGGCCACUAAGAAGCUGGACCUCUGGUCUCUGCCGGAGGUUCUCAUCAUCCACCUCAAGAGGUUCUCCUACACCAAGUUCACCAGAGAGAAACUCGACAGCAUCGUGGACUUCCCCCUCCGAGACCUGGACUUCUCCGGCUGCCUCCUAAAGAAAAGUCUGUCCAAUGGGGAGCCUCCGAGCCGUUAUGACCUCAUCGCUGUGUCAAAUCACUACGGAGGACUCAGAGACGGACAUUACACCAGCUACGCGUGCAACAAAGAUAACGGUCAGUGGUAUUACUUUGACGACAGCAAGGUGACCUACGCCCAAGAGGACCAGAUUGUGACCAACGCUGCCUACGUCUUGUUCUACCAUCGACAAGAUAAGAUCAGAAAACCCACCCUGCCCGCCCCCAACACAAGCCCCGCCAACGACAUCACUUCCUGCAAAGAGGACGACGACGACACAGAGCAGGGCGCCGCCUCCUACGCCACUAUGGAAACAGACUAAACGAACCCUCAAGAUUGAGUUUAAUUCUACUUCACGGUAAUUUGUCGUCUUCAUCAGAACAACGGGCCUUUUCUCCUUCUGUCAUUUAGUUUUAUUUUUUGGGAUUUUCUUUCAACAACACCUAAACUUUCUGAUUUAUUUUCCACCCCAGCUACUAAAAACAACAAAAGCACAUCUGCAGGCUACAUCUUUAAUCUCCUCAGCUCAUCUGUUGAGUUUUGGGAUGAAAACUCGGGUAGUUUGGCAGCAGGCGCUCAGAUUUUAGACCGCUGAUUUGAUCUUUGAGCUGCCGCAGAGAGGAAACAUCUGCUCAGUGUUUGAUUAUGAAGCCUGGAGUGUGCCAACAGAACAAUUACCAGACUUUUACAGCGUUUAACUAUAAUCAAUAAUUCAUUUAAAAAAACCUGUUUGUUGAUUUAUUACAUGUAAAUAAAUACAUUAAAAGAUCACUCAACCUGCCAGUUAAUCAUUUUAUAUCAUUAUUCUGUCUUUAAAUGAUAAAUUAAUGCCAAAACUAAAUUUUGAACGACUUAAAUUAGACUUUUCUCCACCAUUGAUUUGCUUUAACACUUAGUUUCCCUUCAUUGAUUAACUUAAUUUAAAUACAGCACUCGUUAAGACACAGCAGCACUUAAAAUGAAGUUUAGGUCCGACAUAUCUGUUGUGUCGGCAGUAAUCCGGCCAAUCAGAGCUCUGGUUGCUGCUCUGUGGGUUGGAUUUCAUUUGUAGGCAGCACAUCUUGUAAAAAGGCCUUAAAAAAAUGAAUUAAUUCAUCAUUUAAAGACAGAAUAGUGUGUUUUGUAUUUAUUUUUUUUAUAAACUCCUGAGCUUUAUAAAUCUAAUUUAACUAAUUUUUAAUCCCGUUAACCACUGUAAAAGUUUAUUAACGAUAAUUGUUCAGGCGCACCAGGGUCCAUGUGUUAAUUUAACAUUAAACCCGGCUACUUUCUGAUCAUUUGGCCGAGUCACUUUGAAUGUGCAAAUUCAAAAUCCAGCUGCAAUUCGCAUGUUAUAAAUGAACUUGAGCUUUCUGCAGACAAGAUAACGAACUGUUUCAUGUUUUUAAAUGAAAGCGGACUAGUUAUAGUUCAGUAACGCUUUAAAGUGGACCGAGGAGCAGGGGAUUAUGGGUAAUCAGGAGUAUGUAGCCGAGAAAUUAAUCUUUGUAUAUUUUGGUUGUUGUUCUAUUUAUUUUUUUUAAUGGAAUAAUUUCAGCUGUCACGUGACUACAGGAUUAUUAUUUUUUUGUUUCUUGAAUGGUUGAUCGACGGGUGCAGGACAUUGAGAUGCUUAUUUUUCAUAUGUAUAGAUAAAUAAUUUUAUGACAAGUAACGCCGUUUAAUUUCUCUUAUUUUCUUCGGAGAGAUGGACGCAGGCGAAGUUUUCUCUUUGAGGUCAGAGCGAGCUCUUACUGAUUUUUAAACCGACUCUGUGUACAGUAUUUUUGUAUUGUAAGAAAUGUAUUAUUAUUAUCACCACCGUUCCUCGUGGAGCAGGAGGGAAGGCUUGGGGCGAUUUUUCUUUCUUUGGUCUUCCCUGUCAAAUAUCAGAUGAAAAUAUUUUAUUGUACUUUCAAUCUUUUGAUAUUAAUAAAAGGAUUAUUAUCACCACGA